AUUUGGAUACCCCAAUCAUGGAUGAUAAAGUUAAACACCUUACGUUAUUUGAGUCGCCAGUCAUGUUUUAACUACUCCAAUUUAAUUUCAGAUUGACGAGGAACACUUCAAGAAGUGGUUAAGAUGGGGUUUGACAGGAACCAACUUAUUGAAUCACUUCAUAACAGGAUAGAAAAUGAGGCUACUGUUGCAUAUUACUUGUUAUUGGACAAUCAAUUUCGGGUUUCCAGCGGCUAUGUUGGAGCUGAGUUUCAAGAAACUGUGGAUAGUGGUUUUAACCAUAUGCAUCCAAGUGAACCAGUGUCUCCAGCUGAUGGACACCGUAUGACAGGAUAUAUGGAUUAUCAAGGAUUGACACAGCUUAGUUUGAGAGGAUAGUCUCCGGUUGAGAGGAAAUGGGCUCUUGGAUUGCAGGUUUGAGCUUUUUUUGCAUGCAAUAAAGCCAACUAGCUGUACAUGUGAUUUAGUUAAAUAGGUGAUUAUAACAUUGUGUUUGAAAAUUAUGAGAGGUCAGUGCCUGUAUCAACUUGUUCUCAAUUAUUUCUAGGAAAAGAUUAGGAGUUUCAUCUUGUAGGUUAAUCUUAAUGAUAUUGUAACUGUUCAGAGAAGUUUAUGAGAUAUUUCUGGCUCCCUUUAGUCUGGAGCAUAUGUUCAAUGUCUAUCCUUUAAUUAUCACUGAUCAUUAUUUUAUCCAUUGUUCUGUAGUCUCGAGCACAUCUUCAUGAAAUUAUGAUAGAAGUUCUCAAAGCUCUACAAGAAUUGAAUGUGUGCUGAAAGAAGAUAGGGCACUACAACAUGAAGUGCAGGCAGAUUCCUGGCAUACUUGGUCAUCUUGAAGGCAUGGUUAACAAUGUGGUGCACAGUAAUCAUUAUUUUGGGGAUGAAUCAAGCAUUAUUGAGAAUGAUGGGAUUAUUCAAUCACCAAAUGUCAUCAAGUUUGAGCUGCAGGUAAUGCCUAUUUGGGAAAGUUCCUUGUAAUUAUGGGUCUUGCAUGUCAUUUAAAUGGCAAUAAUGGAUGACUAAGUGUUUUUUGGUAGUUGUUUUUAGAACCUUUCCUCCAGUAGAUAAAUUUAUGGCAAAACUUAUGAAAUUACCAAUUGAUUGCUAAUGUGUUUUGCUUGCAUUGUUGUUAACGGCUUUAUAAAACUCAACAGGAGUACCUGCUAGAUCUACAAAGGGUUCAAGAGCCACAAUUUGUGCUUUUAGACCUUUGUGCCACAUUCCUUGCACAGCAUUGGAUUCUUUGAAAUAAAGGAGAGGUCUCUGU